UUGACGCGGAGCGGCUGACAGCGAGCCCAGCCUGGACUUCCUCAGAGCCGAUGGUGAAGAGCCGCUGCUGCGGUGACGGCCGGAGGAGAAGAAGGAGCCAGCAGUGGCACCGGAGCCGUAGUUCUGAGUCAGUCUCAGAGAUUUAACAGUGUAUCAUCGGAUCCGCGGUAGAAAAAAAACCCAGAAGGGAAGGGAAGGGAGGAAUCGGGAAAGAUGGCGGCCGCGGCCUCGCCGGGCUCCGGCUCGUCCACCUCCUCGGACUGGAUUGUACUGAGAGACGGAUGCCUGCGCUGCGACGACGAGGGCCUGCGGAGCCUGUCCUACCACCCGGCCCUCAACGCUAUCCUGGCGGUCACCAGCCGCGGCAGUAUCAAAGUGAUUGACGGCACUUCGGGGGCCAUCCUGCAGGCCUCGGCGCUGCACGCCAAGCCCGGCGGCCGCGUCAGGUGUCAGUACUUCCCCGCCGUGGACAAGGUGCUUUUCGUGGACGACUAUGCAGUAGGAUGCAGGAAGGACCUGAACGGCAUCCUGCUCCUGGACACGGCCCUCCAGCCCCCGGUGGCCAAGCCCGAGGACCUGGUCCAGCUGGAGCUGCCGGUCACGGAGGCCCAGCAGAUGCUGACCGCCUGUCAGGAAAAGAUCGACGUGUCCAACACGGAGGGCUACGAACUCUUUAUCACCCAGCUCAAAGAGGGCCUGAAGAAUACCUCACACGAGACGGCAGCCAAUCACAAAGUGGCCAAGUGGGCGACGGUCACGCUGCAUCUUCCCCACCACGUCCUCAAGCUGGUGGCCGGCGCCAUCGUCAACGAGCUGAAGAAGAUCAACCAGAACGUAGCUGCCUUGUCUGUGGCCUCAUCCAUCAUGGACAGGCUCUCCUACCUCUUGUCCAGCGCCAGGCCCGAGCUGGGGGUGGGCCCCGGGCGCUCUGUCGAUAGGUCCCUGAUGUACAGCGAGGCCAACAGGAGGGAGACGUUCACGUCGUGGCCGCACGCCGGGUACAGGUGGGCCCAGCCGGACCCCAUGGCCCAAGCAGGGUUCUACCACCAGCCGGCCUCCACAGGCGACGACCGAGCCAUGUGUUUCACCUGCAGCGUGUGCCUGGUCUGCUGGGAACCCACCGACGAGCCCUGGUCGGAGCACGAGAGGCACUCGCCCAACUGUCCGUUCGUGAAAGGCGAGCACACGCAGAACGUGCCGCUGUCGGUGACGCUGGCCACCAGCCCCGCCCAGUUCCCCAACAGCCCCGACAGCUCGGACAAGAUCGCCUGCUACGGCUUCGGCAGCUGCCCGCAGUUCCUGGCCGCCGCCACCAAGAGGGGCAAGAUCUGCAUCUGGGACGUCUCCAAGAUGAUGAAGGUGCACUUGAAGUUUGACAUCAACCCGUACGACCCGGCCAUCCUGAGGCAGCUGAUCCUGUGCAGCGGCGAGCAGGGCCAGCAGGCUCUGACCGAGUCCCGGAGACCAACGCUGGCGUGGUUAGAGGAGUCGUCCUCCUGCUCCGACCUGCCCAAGUUAGAGGGAGACAGUGACGACCAGCUGGAGGAUUCAGACAGCGAGGAGCAUUCCCGAUCGGAGUCGGUGACAGGCCAGCCGUCGCAGUGGGAGAGCAUGGACGUGAGCCUGGGCGUGACGGCGCUCAGCGUGCUGCAGCAGCCCGAGAAGCUGCAGUGGGAGGUGGUGGCCAGCGUGCUGGAGGACACGGUGAAGGACCUGGAGGAGCUGGGGGCCAACCCCUCCCUGAACCAAACCAAGGCCCACGGCCAGGCCAAACCAAAAGACAAGGUCCCCGACCACCACAACAUUCCCUUCCCCUGCCUGCUGGCCGGAGGCCUGCUCAGCUACCGCUCGGCCUCCGGCACGCCGCUGGCCGGACCCCCGCCCGCGGCCCCGGCCGCGGCUCGCAGGACCACUGAGGGUCCACUUAGGACUCAGGGACCUGAGCCUUUCCACUCCGGGCCCCUGCAGGAGCAGGGCCCCAUGGAGAUCGAGACCUGCGGUCCCCAGGCCACGGCGCAGGAGCAAGGCUUCCCCAACACGGCGGGCUCCCAGCCGUCGAGCCCGCCCCCCCUGCCCGCCGUGCGCAGGACUAUUCCCGUGCUGCUGCUGUACAGCAUCAGGGAGGUGGACGACAAGUCCUCGGGACAGGUGUUCACGCAGAUGAACAACCUGAUGAGCAAAGGGCUUCACGAGGAGGGCUUCACCUUCCCGCAGAUCAUCGAGAUGGAGUUCGACACGCACGAGCAGCUCCUGCUCCAGGACCCCCCCAUCACCUACAUCCAGCAGUUUGCCGACGCGGCGACCAACCUGGCGGGCCUGGACGGCCACGUGGACAAGUGGAGCACGCUGGCGGCGGCCACCGUGUCCACGCCGCCGCGGCCCGGAGCGCUGGUGCAGUGCCUGAGGCUCCCCAAGCAGCUGGAGGAGGAGAACCUGUACGUGGACUCCAUCACCCCCUGCUGGGACGGGGUGCACCUCCUGGUGGGCCUGCAGCCGUGCGGCUCCGAGUCGCUGAGCGCCACCAACCAGGUGGAGGCCCUCAACAACCUGAACCGGCUGCACUCCGCCCUGUGCAGCCAGCGCAAAGGGGACACGCUGCACCCGGUGGCCAACGGGGUGGAGGGGCACCAUCAGGGGGGCUCGCCGCCGCAGACGCCCCUCAUCCUGCCCCCGGGAGACCAGCAGCAGCAGCAGCAGCAGCAGAGGGCCUCCAGCAGUGGCGGCGGCGGAGGCUACCUGGCGCUGUACAAGCUCAACUACUCCACCCGCAUCGUCACCUUGGACGAGGAGCCGGUGAAGGUGCAGCAGAUCUGGGACCCGUGCGACGCCGUCACCUCGCUGAUCCUGCUCCCGCCGGACGUGCUGGACGGCAGGGAGGACGACAGCGAGGAGGCUGCUGAGGAGACGCUGCCUCCGGCCCCAAAGAAUGGCUCGUCCGGGUUCGGGGCGGGCCCGGACGGACCCGCCGGCUCCGUGGCCGGGACUGCGUGCGGAGCAGCCACGGCCGGCGCCGGCAACGCCGGCGCCACCAGCCCCUCCCCCUCCACCUCCGCCUCUGCACACAAGGACUGCAAGCGGGUGGAGGUGGCGGGCCUGGGCCACCUGGUGGUCACCACCCGGGCCGGGUACAUUAUGAUCCUGGACCUGUCCACACUGGAGGUCCUGGCCAAGGUGGAGCCGCCCAAAAAGGAGGGGUCGGCGGAGGAGACGGACCCCUUUGUCUCAGUCACGUAUUGCUCUGGGACGGACCGCCUGUGCGCCUGCACCAAAGGCGGAGAACUUCAUUUCCUUCAAAUUGGAGGCGUGUGUGACGAUAUAGACGACGGAGACAUGUUUAUUGAUGGCCCCCUUUCUAAAGGGGCUGAACUGCUGCUCGAGGGGGCCAAGCCCUCCUCCAACCCCUCCAGCCCUGGCAUCACAGGAGUGGACCUCCUGGUGGACCAGCCGCUGACCACCGAGGGCCUGAUGUCCCUGGUGGAGCUGACGCGCUUCGAGACGCUCACGCCCCGCUUCUCCGCCACGGUGCCGCCGUGCUGGGCGGAGGUGCAGCAGGAGCAGCAGCAGCGCCGCCACCCGCAGCACCUCCACCAGCAGCACCACGGCGACGCCGCCCAGCACACCCGCACCUGGAAGCUGCAGAGCGACAGCUCCAGCUGGGACGAGCACGUGUUCGAGCUGGUGCUGCCCAAAGCCUGCAUGGUGGGCCACGUGGACUUCAAGUUCGUCCUGAACGCCAACAUCGUCAACAUUCCGCAGAUCCAGGUCACUCUGCUGAAGAACAAGGCGCCCGGGCUGGGCAAAGUCAGCGAGACGGCGGUGGACAGACAGAUCUCCUUCCCUCUCUCCAGCGUCCUCCAUGCCAACGGGGAGAGGAACGGCCAGCCGCUGCUGCACGACUUCUCCGAGGACAUCCAGUUCAUGGACAUCGAGGAGACGUCAGGCUCCGUGCUGUGUCCGUUCCUGGAGGACCACAAGGAGGACAUCCUGUGCGGCCCGGUGUGGCUGGCCAGUGGGCUGGACCUCUCUGGCCACGCCGGCAUGAUCAGCCUCACCAGCCCCAAGCUGGUCAAAGGCAUGGCGGGAGGGAAGUACCGCUCCUUCCUGGUUCACAUCAAAGCGGUGAGCGACAAGAGCAUGGAGGACAGCCCGCGGCCCGUGGUGCGGAUGGCCAGCGCCAAGCCUCAGGGCAGCAAGGCGCACUCCCUGUCCACCCUGCUGCAGCGGGCGCAGGCCUCCAAGGACAAGGUGUCUGCGGUGAAGACGGAAGGCUCAGCGCCGUCAAAGAAAGUAGAAAACCUGCGAGGCUGCGACCUGCUGCAGGAGGUUUCCGUCACAAUCAGGAGGUUCAAGAAGACGUCCAUCCCCAAAGAAAGGGUGCAGCGCUGCGCCAUGCUGCAGUUCCUGGACUUCCACGAGAAGCUGCUGGACGCGCUGUGCCGGCGCACCGAGGGCGGCCCGGCCACCGAGCACGCCCAGAGCCUCAUCCUGGACAUCCUGUGCUGGCUGGCCGGGGUCUUUUCCAACGGGCCCUGCAGCCUAAGAGAGGGGAAGGAGGGCCUGCUGGCCAAAACCCGCUCCAGGCUGACCGACAUCGUGCGGGUGUGUUUCUUCGAGGCCGGCCGGAGCAUCGCGCACAAGUGUGCUCGUUUUCUUGCACUUUGUAUCAGUAAUGGGAAAGCAGACCCCAGCCAGCAGGGUUUCGGCGUCAGCCUCCUCAAGGCCCUGUUGGAUAAUAUGCCUUACUUGCCGGCGGCGGCGACCGGAGGCUCCGUCUUCUGGUACUUCGUGUUGCUGAACUACGUGAAGGAGGAGGACCUGGCGGGCUGCAGCACGGCGUGCGCCUCCCUGCUCACCGCCAUCUCCCGGCAGCUGCAGGACCGCCUCACGCCGCUGGAGGCCCUGCUGCAGACCAGGUACGGCCUGUACAGCUCUCCGUUCGACCCGGUGCUCUUCGACCUGGAGGUCAGUGGCUCCUCCUGUAAGAAUGCCUUCAACAGCAGCAUCGGCGUGCAGUCAGACGAGAUCGACCUCUCUGACAUCCUCUCAGGGAAUGGGAAGGUGAGCAGCUGCGCGGCGGCAGAGGGCAGCUUCACGGCGCUGACGGGACUCCUGGAGGUGGAGCCUUUGCACUUUACUUGUAUCUCCACCAGCGACGGCACGCGGGUGGAGCGGGACGACGCCAGCAUGUUCACCGUGAGCACGUUCGGCGUGACCCCGGCGGUGGGCGGCCUGUCCACGGGGACGGUGGGCGAAGCGUCCACGGCCCUGAGCUCGGCGGCCCAGGUGGCGCUGCAGUCGCUGUCCCACGCCAUGGUGUCGGCGGAGCAGCAGCUGCAGGUCCUGCAGGAGAAGCAGCAGCAGCUGCUCAAGCUGCAGCAGCAGAAGGCCAAGCUGGAGGCCAAGCUGCACCAGACCACCUCGGCCGCCGCCGCCGCCGCCGCCUCGGGCGUGGGACCCAUCCACAACUCUGUGCCUUCCAACCCCGCCUCCGCGCCCGGCUUCUUCAUCCACCCCUCCGACGUCAUCCCGCCCACGCCCAAGACCACGCCCCUCUUCAUGACGCCGCCGCUGACGCCGCCCAACGAGGCGGUGUCCGCCGCCUUCAGCGCCGAGCUGGCUCACCUGUUCCCCGGCUCCAUGAUGGACCCGGGACCCGUCAACCUGGCCGCGCACAAGAACACGCAGAAAGCCAAGCCGAGCCCCAUGGGAAGCGGUCUGGCUCUGGCCAUUUCCCAGGCGUCUCACUUCCUGCAGCCGCCUCCUCACCAGUCCAUCAUCAUCGAGCGGAUGCACUCAGGAGCGCGUCGCUUCGUCACGCUGGACUUCGGCCGCCCCGUCCUGCUGACCGACGCCCUGAUCCCCACCUGCGGCGACCUGGCGUCCCUGUCCAUAGACAUCUGGACGCUGGGCGAGGAGGUGGACGGCCGCCGGCUGGUGGUGGCCACCGACAUCAGCACGCACUCCCUCAUCCUGCACGACCUGCUGCCGCCGCCCGUCUGCAGGUUCAUGAAGAUCACUGUGAUCGGGCGCUACGGCAGCACCAACGCCCGGGCCAAGAUCCCUCUGGGCUUCUACUACGGCCACACGUACAUCCUGCCCUGGGAGAGCGAGCUCAAGCUGAUGCACGACCCGCUGAGGGGAGAGAGCGAGGCGGCCAGCCAGCCCGAGGUGGACCAGCACCUCACCAUGAUGGUGGCGCUGCAGGAGGACAUCCAGUGCAGGUACAAUCUGGCGUGCCACCGGCUGGAGACCCUGCUGCAGAACAUCGACCUGCCUCCUCUGAACAGCGCCAACAACGCCCAGUAUUUCCUGCGGAAGCCGGACAAGGUGGUGGAGGAGGACCAGCGCGUCUUCUCCGCCUACCAGGACUGCAUCCAGCUGCAGCUGCAGCUCAACCUGGCGCACCACGCCGUGCAGCGGCUGCGUGUGUCGCUGGGCGCCAGCCGCAAAUCGCUGUCCUCCUCCUCCGCCGCCACCGCCGCCGCCGCCGCCUGCCCGGAGGCGCAGGAGCUGGUGCACGGCUCGUCCACAGAGCAGCUGAGGACAAUCAUCCGCUACCUGCUGGACACGCUGCUCAGCCUGCUGCACUCCAACAACGGUCACUCGGUCCCCUCGGUGCUGCAGAGCACCUUCCACGCUCAGGCCUGCGAGGAGCUCUUCAAGCACCUGUGCAUCAGCGGCACGCCCAAGAUCCGUCUGCACGCCGGGCUGCUGCUGGUGCAGCUGUGUGGCGGCGAGCGCUGGUGGGGGCAGUUCCUCUCCAACGUGCUGCAGGAGCUCUACAACUCGGAGCAGCUGCUCAUCUUCCCCCAGGACAGAGUGUUCAUGCUCCUGUCCUGCAUCGGCCAAAGAUCCCUGAGUAACAGCGGCGUGUUGGAGGGUCUCCUGAACCUGCUGGACAGCCUGCUGUCGCCGCUGCAGCAGCCGCAAGCCGCCGCCCAGCGCCGCACCGAGGGUGUUCUGGACAUCCCCAUGAUCAGCUGGGUGGUGAUGCUGGUGUCCAGGCUGCUGGACUACGUGGCCAGCAUCGAAGACGAGGCGUCGGGAGCCAAGAAGCACCUGGGAGGGAAGGAGCGGGAGAGACCGCUGACGGGCAUUCAGUGGAGCUUCAUCAACAACAGCCUUCAGUCUCAGAACUCCAGCAGGUCGGCCAAAGGCAGCAGCAGCCUCGAUCGCCUCUACUCACGCAAGAUCCGCAAGCAGCUCGUCCACCACAAGCAGCAGUUAAAUCUAUUGAAAGCAAAACAGAAAGCUUUGGUGGAGCAGAUCGAGAAGGAGAAGAUCCAGAGCAACAAAGGCUCCUCCUACAAGCUGCUGGUGGAGCAGGCCAAGCUCAAACAAGCCACGUCCAAGCACUUUAAGGACCUGAUCCGUCUGCGGCGGACCGCCGAAUGGCCGCGCUCCACGCUGGACACGGAGUCCACCGCAGCCAAAGAGGCCCCGGAGGUGGAGCCGCUGCCCUUCACGCUGUCCCACGAGCGCUGCAUCUCGGUGGUGCAGAAGCUGGCGCUCUUCCUCCUCUCCAUGGACUUCACCUGCCACGCCGACCUGCUCCUCUUCGUCUGCAAGGUCCUCGCCAGGAUAGCCAACGCCACCAGACCCACAAUCCACCUGUGCGAGGCGGUGUCGGAGCAGCAGCUGGAGCGCCUGCUGCUGCUCCUGGUGGGGACGGACUUCAACCGGGGGGACAUCUCGUGGGGCGGGGCCUGGGCUCAGUAUUCCCUCACCUGCAUGCUGCAGGACAUCCUGGCAGGUGAACUGCUGUCUCCGGGCUCGCUGGACGUCAUGGACGAGGUGGUGGUGGUGGGCGAGGAGGCCGGGGCCUCGUCGUCCUCGGCGGGGGCGGGGCUGGGGGCGGGGGCGGGGCCGGGGGCGGACUCGGACGACUCGCUGCCCCAGCCCGCCCCCAUCCCCCUGGUAGAGAGCAUUGACGAGGCCCUGGUGCCCGAUAUCAUCGCAGGUGCUCCACCUCUGUCAUCUUUGGAAAAAGAUAAAGACAUAGACUUUGACUUGCUACAAGACCUGAUGGAUGUUGAUAUUGAUCCUUUAGAUAUUGAUUUGGAAAAAGAUCCACUUGCUGCCAAAGUGUUCAAGCCUAUUAGCAGCACCUGGUAUGACUACUGGGGCGCUGACUACGGCACGUACGGGUACAACCCGUACAUCGGCGGGGUCGGCAUCCCCGUGUCCAAACCGCCGGUGGCUGCCGAGAAGCCCGGCUCUCAGGGUCUGUCGGUGUCCGUGUCUCAAGCCCUGGACGCCCGGUUGGAGGUGGGCCUGGAGCAGCAGGCCGAGCUGAUGCUCAAAAUGAUGGCGACUCUCCAGGCAGACUCCAUCCUGCAGGCCCUCACUUCCACUUCCUCCACAGUGAGCCAGGCCUCCAACGGCACAGACGACUCCCUGCUGAGAGCCCUCCACGGAGGGGGAGGAGGAGGAGGAGGGGGAGGGGGAGGAAGAGGCUCUCCUCCAGCCAGCAGCCUGGUGGUUCAGCCCUCGUCCAUCCCCAUCCUGAGCGCCUGCUUCAACAAGCUCUUCUCCAUGCUGCAGGUCCACCACGUGCAGCUGGAGUCUCUGCUGCAGCUCUGGCUCACGCUCAGCCUCAACACCUGCUCCAGCGGCGGCGAGGAGAGCGGCUCCGACAUCUUCCUGUUCAACGCCAGCCGAGUGCCCACCAUCCCCCUGAACCAAGCCUCCAUCAGCAGCUUCCUGACGGUGCUGGCCUGGUACCCCAACACGUCCCUGAGGACCUGGUGCCUGGUGCUGCACUCGCUCACCCUGAUGACCAACAUGCCGGCCUGCGCCUCCGGCGGCGGGCUGAGCUCUCCGGAGAGCACGGCCCAGCAGAUGGUGUCGGACCCCACGCUGGUCCACGUCCUGGUGCGCUUCCUGUCCGGCAGCAGCACCAACGGCACCAGCCAGCACAGCUCGCAGGUGGGGCCCACCGCCACGCAGGCCAUGCACGAGUUCCUGAGCCGGCUGCAGGUCCACCUGUCCUCCACCUGCCCCCAGAUGUUCAGCGAGUUCCUGCUCAAGCUCAUGCACAUCCUGUCCACGGAGAGGGGUCCGUUCCAGGCGGGCCAGGGUCCGCUGGACGCUCAGGUCAAGCUGCUGGAGUUCACCCUGGAGCAGAACUUCGAGGUGGUGUCGGUGGCCACCAUCUCCUCCGUCAUCGAGUCCAUCACCUUCCUGGUGCACCACUACAUCACCUGCUCCGACAAGGUGGUGUCCCGCAGCGGCUCCGACAGCUCGGUGGGCGCCCGCGCCUGCUUCGGCGGCCUGUUCGCCAACAUCAUCCGGCCGGGCGACGUGAAGGCCGUGUGCGGCGAGACCACGCGCGACCAGCUCAUGUUCGACCUCCUCAAGCUGGUCAACGUGCUGGUGCAGCUGCCCCUGUCCGGGGACCGCGAGUUCAGCGGCCGCCUGCCGCCGGCCGGCGGCGGCGCCGCCGACAGCAGCGUGUCGGACGAGGAGAAGGUCUGCGGGAGCAAGGAGAGCGUGGCCGGCGGCUCGGCGUCCAGCCAGGGCCCGCCCGCCGGCGUGGCCGACCUGGUGCUGGCCAACCAGCAGAUCAUGAGCCAGAUCCUGUCGGCGCUGGGCCAGUGCAACAGCAGCGCCAUGGCCAUGAUCAUCGGCGCCAGCGGACUGCACCUGACCAAACACGAGAACUUCCACGGCGGCCUGGACGCCAUCUCGGUGGGCGACGGCCUCUUCACCAUCCUCACCACGCUCAGUAAGCGGGCCACGUCGGUGCAGGUCAUGCUGCAGCCCAUCCUCACCUACAUGGCCUGCGGCUACAUGGGCCGACAGGGCUCCCUGUCCACCUGCCAGCUGUCCGAGCCGCUCCUCUGGUUCAUCCUGCGGGUUCUGGACACCAGCGAGGCUCUCAAGGCUUUCCAUGACAUGGGGGGCGUGCAGCUGAUCUGUAACAACAUGGUGACCAGCACCAGAGCCAUCGUGAACACCGCCCGCAGCAUGGUGUCCACCAUCAUGAAGUUCCUGGACUCGGGUCCCGGGAAGGCGGCGGACGGCAACCUGAAAGCCCGGAUGCUGACGUCGGAGCCGGACAACGCCGAGGGGCUCCACAACUUCGCCCCUCUGGGCACCAUCACGUCGAGCAGCCCCACGGCCCAGCCGGCCGAGGUGCUGCUGCAGGCCACGCCCCCGCACCGCCGGGCCCGCUCCGCCGCCUGGUCCUACAUCUUCCUGCCCGAGGAGGCCUGGUGCGACCUGACCAUCCACCUCCCGGCCGCCGUGCUGCUCAAGGAGCUCCACAUCCAGCCGCACCUCGCCUCCCUGGCCACCUGCCCGUCCUCGGUGUCGGUGGAGAUCAGCGCCGACGGCGUCAACAUGCUGCCCCUCUCCACGCCGGUCAUCACCAGCGGCCUGACCUACAUCAAGAUCCAGCUGGUGAAGGCGGAGGUGGCGUCGGCCGUGUGCCUGAGGCUGCACCGGCCGCGGGACGCCAGCACGCUGGGCCUGUCCCAGAUCAAGCUGCUGGGCCUCACGGCCUUCGGCAACACCUCCUCCGCCACCGUCAACAACCCCUUCCUGCCGUCCGAGGACCAGGUGUCUAAAACCAGCAUCGGGUGGCUGCGUCUCCUCCACCACUGCCUGACGCACGUGGGCGACCUGGAGGCCAUGAUGGCCAGCGCCGCCGCGCCCACCGCCAACCUGCUGCAGACGUGCGCCGCCCUGCUCAUGUCGCCGUACUGCGGCAUGCACUCGCCCAACAUCGAGGCGGUGCUGGUGAAGAUCGGCCUGCAGUCCACGCGCAUCGGCCUGAAGCUCAUCGACAUCCUGCUGAGGAACUGCGCCGCCUCGGGCACCGACCCCGCCAACCUGAACAGUCCGCUGCUGUUCGGCCGGCUGAACGGCCUCUCCUCGGACUCCACCAUCGACAUCCUGUACCAGCUGGGCACCACGCAGGACUCGGGGACCAAGGACAGGAUCCAGGCCCUCCUGCAGUGGGUCCACGACUCCUCCCGAGUGGCGGCGCACAAGAUGAGCGUCCCGGCGGGCUACGGCGGCCACGGCGGCCCGUCCGCCUCGUCCCGGGAGUACGGCCUGCUCAUGCCGUCGCCGUCGCACCUGCACUGCGUGGCCGCCAUCCUGUGGCACAGCUACGAGCUGCCGGUGGACUACGACCUGCCGGCGCUGCUGGACAGGGAGCUCUUCGAGCUGCUGUUCAACUGGUCGAUGUCGCUGCCGUGUAACAUCGUGCUGAAGAAGGCGGUGGACAGCCUGCUGUGCUCCAUGUGCCACAUCCACCCCAGCUACUUCUCCCUGCUCAUGUCCUGGAUGGGCAUCGUGCCGGCGCCCUCCGCCACGCACUCGCAGGCGCAGCACCGCCGCCUCGCCAUGACCGACGACGGCAAGAAGCAGCACGACGCCGACGCCACGGCGGCGGGGCUCACCGACGACUCCAAGCACGCCCGGCCGCCCGUCAGCCUGUCGGAGUCGCAGCUGGCCACGCUGGCGGCCGCCUCGCAGUCGCCCGGCGCCAUCGAGCAGCUGCUGGACUCGGGCCUGCCGUCGCUGCUGGUGCGCAGCCUGGCCCAGUUCUGCGUGGGCCUGCUGGCCGGCGCCGACCUGCCGCUGCCCGCCGCGCAGGCCGAGCGGCGCCAGCACCACGCCCACCACCCGCACCACCACUACCACCACGCCCCGCACGGCCGGCCGCCGCUGGCCGCCGAGCUGGCCGCGCCCGUCCUGCGCUUCCUCACCGAGGUGGGGAACAGCCACGCCAUGAAGGACUGGCUGGGGGGGCCGGAGGUCAACCCGCUGUGGACCGCCCUGCUCUUCCUGCUGUGCCACUUCAGCGCCAGCGCCGGCUCCAACGCCGGCUGCCAGCCGCUGAGCCCCGGCCCCGCGGCGGCGGCGGCGGCCCCUCCCCCUCCGGCCCAGCCGCCGCCCGCCGCCGGGCGCUUCUCCCUGGCGUCCUCGGGGCAGACGGGGGGGCUCACCACCCAGCAGAGGACCGCUCUGGAGAACGCCACCGUGGCCUUCUUCCUGCAGUGCAUCUCCUGCCACCCCAACAACCAGCGGCUCAUGGCUCAGGUCCUGUGUGAGCUCUUCCAGUCGGCGCCUCAGCGGGGAAACGUGCCGAUCUCCGGAAACAUCUCCGGCUUCAUCCGCAGACUCUUCCUGCAGCUGAUGCUGGAGGACGAGAAGGUCACGGUCUUCCUGCAGUCGCCCUGCCCGUUGUACAAAGGACGCAUCAACGCCACCAGCCACAUGAUCCAGCACCCCAUGUACGGAGCUGGACACAAGUACCGCACCCUCCACCUGCCCAUCUCCACCACGCUGGCCGAGGUGCUGGACCGGGUCUCCGACACGCCCAGCAUCACGGCCAAGCUGAUCAACGAGCAGAAGGAGGACAAGGAGAAGAAGAACCACGAGGAGAAGGAGAAGAUGAAGGCGGACAACGGCUUCCAGGACAACUACAGCGUGGUGGUGGCCUCGGGCCUGAAGUCCCAGUCCAAGCGGGCGCUCUCCACCCCUCCCCGACCCCCCACCAGGCGGGGCCGCGUCCUGAGCGACAAGCUGACGGCCUCGUCCGGCGUGGACCCCUCGGCCAAAACCAUCAGCGUGCCCGUCUUCCACCUCUACCACAAGCUGCUGCCAGGUCAGCCCCUCCCGCCCGAGAUGACCCUGGCUCAGCUGCUGACGCUCCUGUACGACCGCAAGCUCCCGCAGGGCUACCAGUCCAUCAACCUGACGGUCAAGCUGGGCUCCAAGGUCAUCUCCGACCCGGGCCUCUCCAAGACCGACUCCUUCAAGAGGCUCCGCACCGAGAAAGUGGAUCACUGCGACAUGCUGAGCAGCUGCCCGGAGGACGAGCCCAUGACGCCCGGCGAGGAGUGCCUGGACGCCGCCGCCGACGAGUCCCUGCUGGAGACCAGCCCCAUCCAGUCCCCGCUGCAGGUGUUCGCCGGCAUGGGCGGCCUGGCGCUGAUCGCGGAGAGGCUGCCCAUGCUGUACCCGGACGUCAUCCAGCAGGUCAGCGCCCCCGUGGUGCCGUCCGCCACGCAGGAGAAGCCCAAGGACAGCGACCAGUUCGAGUGGGUGACCAUCGAGCAGUCGGGCGAGCUGGUGUACGAGGCGCCCGAGUCCAUCGCCGCCGAGCCGCCGCCCAUCAACAAGCAGCAGUCGCAGUCGUCCUCCUCGUCCUCGUCCUCGGUGCAGACCAUGUCGCCCAUCCCCGCCCACUCGCUGGCGGCGUUCGGCCUCUUCCUGCGCCUGCCCGGCUACGCCGAGGUGCUGCUGAAGGAGAGGAAGCACGCGCAGUGCCUGCUGCGCCUGGUGCUGGGCGUCACGGACGACGGCGAAGGCAGUCACAUCCUGCAGUCGCCGUCAGCCAACGUGCUGCCCACGCUGCCGUUCCACGUGCUGCGGGCGUUGUUCAGCAGCACGCCGCUGACCACCGACGACGGCGUGCUGCUCAGGCGCAUGGCUCUGGAGAUCGGCGCCAUCCACCUCAUCCUGGCCUGCCUGUCGGCUCUCAGCCACCACGCACCGCGCAACCCCAACGCCACCACCAGCGUCUCCGAGCCUCAGAUGUCCAGUUGUCACGGUGGGGGGACCAGCGAGGAGCAGCAGCUGUACUGGGCUAAGGGGACCGGCUUCGGAACGGGGUCCACGGCCUCGGGCUGGGACGUGGAGCAGGCGCUCACCAAGCAGCGGCUGGAGGAAGAGCACGUCACCUGUCUGCUGCAGGUCCUGGCGAGCUACAUCAACCCGGCCGGCUCGGGCAGCUGCCACGGCGCCGAAGGCUCCUCCACGGACAGCAGAGGCCACAACAGCUCGGCGCUGCCGGCGGUGCUGCAGGAGCUGCUGAGCCAGUCCUGCCUCAUCCCCGCCAUGUCCUCGUACCUGCGAAACGACUCAGUGCUGGACAUGGCCCGCCACGUGCCUCUGUACCGGGCCCUGCUGGAGCUGCUCCGGGCCAUCUCCACCUGCACCGCCCUGGUGCCCCUGCUGCUGCCGCUGACCGGAGACCCGGGCCAGGAGGAGGAGGAGGAGGACGAGGACCACCCGGAGGGCCAGACGUCCGUGGGGAUGCUCCUGGCCAAGAUGAAGACGUGCGUGGACACCUACACCAACCGGCUCAGGUCGAAGAAAGACAAAAGCAAAGGUGUGGUGAAGACGGACAGCUCCGACCCGGAGCCCGAGGGGCUGACUCUGCUGGUGCCGGACAUCCAGAGGACGGCUGAGAUCGUGUACGCCGCGACCACCAGCCUGCGCCAGGCCAACCAGGAGAGGAAGCUGGUGGAGUCCUCCAGGAAGGUCUCCAGCCGGCCCAAGCCGCUGUCCAUCCUGCGCUCCCUGGAGGAGAAGUACGUUGCCGCCAUGAAGAAGCUGCAGUUCGACACCUUCGAAAUGGUCUCGGAGGACGAGGACGGGAAGCUGAUGUUCAAGGUGAACUACCACUACAUGUCUCAGGUGAAGAACGCCAGCGACACCAACAGCGCCGCCCGGUCUCGCCGCCUCGCCCAGGAGGCCGUCACCCUGUCCACCUCGUUGCCUCUGUCGUCCUCGUCCAGCGUCUUCGUUCGCUGCGACGAGGAACGCCUAGACAUCAUGAAGGUGCUCAUCACGGGUCCCGCCGACACCCCGUACGCCAACGGCUGCUUCGAGUUCGACGUGUACUUCCCACAGGACUACCCCAACUCCCCUCCUCUGGUCAACCUGGAGACCACCGGCGGGCACAGCGUGCGCUUCAACCCAAACCUCUACAACGACGGCAAAGUGUGUUUAAGCAUCCUCAACACCUGGCACGGGAGACCGGAGGAGAAGUGGAACCCACAGACCUCAAGCUUUUUACAGGUGCUAGUGUCGGUGCAGUCCCUGAUCCUGGUGGCUGAGCCCUACUUCAACGAGCCGGGAUACGAGCGCUCCCGCGGGACCCCCAGCGGCACCCAGAGCUCACGGGAGUACGACGGAAACAUCCGGCAGGCCACCGUCAAGUGGGCCAUGUUGGAGCAGAUGCGCAACCCGUCGCCUUGCUUCAAAGAGGUGAUCCACAAGCAUUUCUACUUGAAGAGAGCUGAGAUCAUGUCUCAGUGCGAGGAGUGGAUCGCAGACAUCCAGCAGUACAGCAGCGAUAAGCGGGUGGGCCGCACCAUGUCGCACCACGCCGCCGCGCUCAAGAGACACACGGCUCAGCUGAGAGAGGAGCUCCUGAAGCUUCCGUGUCCCGACGGUCUGGAGCCCGACGGAGACGAGUUCUCGGAGAAGAGCGCCGCCCUCCUCCUCCUCAAAGAGCUGCCGGUGCCGGACGGCGAGAAGCCCGGCGGCAGCCAGGACGCCCACGGCGGCGAGGGCCAGCUAUGAGCCCCCCCCUUCCCCUGUUAACCCCCCUUCUGAGAGACUGGAUGGCUCCACAGCUGGAGCCACCGCCUUGUCAAUACUUGUAUGUAAAGAUCUAAUCGCGGAGACGGAGAGGACGCACGUGCCGCACGGCCACGAGACAAACUCUGAGCGAAGCUACGCCCUUACUGAGAAAACAAACUUUUAUUUACCUGUAAAAGAGUGUAAACAUUUUGUGCUUUUUUCCAAUUGUGAAAUAACCACUGAUUGGUAUGUUAUUAAACUUGUUUAUGUAUACAUAAAGGCAGAGGAAAAUUACAGAUUAUAUAAGGGACGCCACCUUUAGAGACGAAUGUUUACUGAAUGUUAAUUUCUUUUCUUUUCCUUUUUUUCUUUCUUUUGGACAGAUGUAACCAAGGAUAUAUUGGUGAUUCUUUAAGGAUAAUAUUUAAAAGCAAACACACACACACACACACACACACACAGGUAACAGAAUCUGAGAUAACAAAGUUUAAAAGAAGAAGAAAAGCCCCUCCGAUCAUCCGUUGCUUCGUCCGAAUCUCUCGAGUCAUAUCCACCUGAGUAAAGGUUGAGCUGGACGUUCUUAAAUGCUAUGUUAUCCCUUUUACAGGCUCCAAAUUAAAAAGCACCGUGCUCUGGA